AAAUGCCUGUCAGGCAUUUGGUACCAGAAGCCCCCUGUGGCAAAGCCUGGGCUGCAUCCUAUUGUCAGUGAAUGAUGGCGGCGGAGCUGAGUGGCUUGUCAUCAUUCUCGAAAAUUCUGAAGCUAGUGAGCUCUCUCUCCCUCUCCCACUCGCCUUAUUUUCCUUUCCGCCACUGCGGGGACUUUUUCUAAUUUGCAGCUUCCCUUCCGACACACACAGACAAGCUGGUGGCUUGCAGACUGCGUCUGUCUGGAGCGAGAGAGGCACAGCGCGGAGGGGGUGCCCUGGAGGUGGAUUCUCUAGCAGUUCUCACGGACUGUAGACGUGGGGGGCAUUGCUGCCGAUGAGCUGUAGAUUCUUCAGCUUGGCUAGCAGAGGAAGCAUUGAUUGGGAACUACUCACUCAGAAAAUCAAAAGAUAGAAACCAGAAUAUACUAUCAAGCCUUUGAGAACACAACAUAACCAACUUGACUACUUUACCACUUCCUUGACUAGGAGGCAGUACAGCACUGUUGAAGGAUGGCUGACGAUCGCAAAGAGGAAGCGAAGAUGCCUCACUGGACUUCAGCUCAACUACCUGAGGCAACAGGACACCCGCACCCACCUGAGAUGAAGGACCAGGCAGGGGCUGGGGAAGGGCUGGUCCGCAGCGCCAAUGGAUUCCCAUACCGCGAGGAAGAGGAGGCUUCCUUUGGGGAGCAUGGGUCACAGGGCACCUAUUCAGAUACCAAAGAGAAUGGAAUCAACGGAGAGCUGACCUCAGCUGACAGGGAAACAGCAGAGGAGGUGUCUGCAAGGAUAGUGCAAGUCGUAACCGCUGAAGCUGUGGCGGUCCUGAAAGGGGAGCAAGAGAAAGAAGCCCAGCACAAAGAGCAGCCUGCAGCUCGACCUUUAGCAGCUGAGGAGACCGCUAAUCUGCCACCUUCUCCGCCCCCAUCGCCAGCCUCAGAACAGACAGUCCCAGUGGAAGAAGAUUUACUUACAGCCUCGAAGAUGGAGUUCCAUGAGCAGAAGGCAUUGACUUCCUCCACAGUUGAAUCCUUAGACAAGAAAGAACAAGAGUCCAAGAUUCAAAGUAAGCCUAGUGAAGACAUUGAGCAUGCUGCCUUAGUGCCUCAGCUUGAGACAACGCACACUUCCCUUGAGCAAAAGGACCUCCAAGACACGGAAGGAGAAAAGGCACCACUCCCUCUGAUUGGGCACCCUCUUGGGGCCAGCCUUGAAGGUACAAAACAGAAUACAGAACCUAGUCUUGUCAUACCCGGCAUUGGCCUCUCAGCAGAACCUCCAGCUCUGAAAGAGCGGAAUGACUGGUUCAUUGAAAUGCCUGUGGAAUCUAAAAAGGAUGAGUGGGGUUUAGCUGCUCCAAUAUCUCCUGGUCCCCUGACACCCAUGAGGGAAAAAGAUGUAUUUGAGGAUAUCCCAAGAUGGGAAGGAAAACAGUUUGAUUCUCCCAUGCCAAGUCCCUUUCAAGGUGGAAGCUUCACUCUUCCUUUAGACAUUAUGAAGAAUGAAAAGAUAACUGAAACAUUGCCCUUUGCCCCUGUCAUCUUUCAACCAGACGACAAAAAACCUCUGCAAGAUAUCAGCAUCAUAACUACUGCCAAAGAUAGUUCUAAAGCCGAGGAGCCUCCAGAAGAUAAACCUCACAAAGUGGAACCCACGCCAGCCUCAGGGGCCAUUGCCUUACCCAAAGAUGCCCCUGGUCCAGCUGUGGAAGGAUAUGUCUUGGAGAAAGUUUUAGUGGAAGAAAAGGAAAGCAUAAAUCAAGAGAAAAAAGAAGAUUCUGUGCCCAGCAGACAGGAACCUAUACUUUCUGAAAAGGAGCCCCAACCAAAGCUUGAAGAAAAAACACCCACUGCUGACAAGGGAGCUGUAAGAGAAGAGAAAGAGCCUCCCCAGCUGAGAAACGAAGAAACGGGCCCCAUUCAGGCCACAGAGCAGUCUUUCUCCAGAGAGCAGAAAGGCCCAGAAAAUACCACUGAUGUGAUCAAACAGGACUCCUUCCCUGCAAGUUUGGAGCAAGCAGUUGUAGAUUCAGCCAUGACCUCUAAGACCUUGGAAAAAGACACAGUGGAGCCAGCAGGAGUGAGUGAAAUGAAGGAAACCCAGGGACUCUUUGAGGAAAAAGUUUCUGACAAAGAAAAAGUUGAAGGAGUCGGGGCUGAAGGUGGCAUGCCAUUUUAUGAAGAUAAAUCAGGAAUGUCUAAGUACUUUGAAACAUCUGCAUUGAAAGACGAAGUGACAAAAGGCAGUCAGCUGGGCAGUGAUUACUAUGAACUGAGUGACACAAGAAAAAGUACCCUUGAUGAACCUCUUGAUACCACAUGUCCCAAGUAUCAAGAUGAUGGCAAGGGACUUCAAGCAGAAACAGAAUCCCAGCCCAGUGCUCCAGCACAGGAAGCAGGCUACAGCACUUUGGCACAAAGUUAUCCAUCCAAGUUACCUGAAGAACCAAGUUCUCCACAAGAAAGAAUGUUCACUAUUGAUCCAAAAGUUUACGGGGAGAAAAGGGACCUCCACAGUAAGAAUAAGGAUGAUCUAACUCUAAGCAGAAGCUUGGGACUUGGUGGUAGGUCUGCGAUAGAACAAAGAAGCAUGUCCAUCAACUUGCCCAUGUCUUGCCUGGAUUCCAUCGCCCUUGGGUUCAACUUUGGCCGGGGGCAUGACCUCUCUCCUUUGGCUUCUGAUAUUCUUACCAACACUAGCGGGAGCAUGGAUGAAGGUGAUGAUUAUCUUCCUCCCACCACACCCGCAGUGGAUAAAGCCCCUUGCUUCCCCAUAGAAAGCAAAGAGGAGGAAGAGAAGAUUGAGGAAGAAAAUGCUGCCAGAGGGCAGAACACUCAAGUUGAAGCAUCCUGUGAAUCACCUUUCCUAGCCAAAGAGUAUUACAAAAAUGGUACUGUCAUGGCCCCUGACCUUCCUGAGAUGUUAGAUCUGGCAGGCACAAGGUCCAGGUUAGCUUCUGUGAGCACAGAUGCUGAGGUUGCCAGGAGGAAAUCGGUACCAUCAGAGACUGUGUUUGCAGAGAGUAGCGCCAGGUUGGCACCUGGCCCUGAUGAAAACCACGUGAUGACAAAAUCAGACAGUCAGCUUGAAGACCUGGGAUACUGUGUGUUCAAUAAAUACACAGUCCCACUCCCCUCACCUGUUCAGGACAGUGAGAAUUUGUCAGGAGAGAGUGGUUCCUUUUAUGAAGGAGCUGAUGACAAAGUUCGGAGAGAUUUGGCCACAGACCUCUCGUUGAUUGAAGUAAAACUGGCAGCUGCCGGGAGAGUCAAGGAUGAGUCCAGUGCAGGGAAAAAAUCACCUGUACCUACCGCUGCUGAAAAGCCAGGACUGGGUAGAGAGUUGGACCUUGACAGGAAAGCUAAUGACAAGCUGGAUACGGUCCCAGAAAAGAGUGAAGAGCAUGUCGAUCUGAAAGAACAUGCCACGGAUAUAGAAGAUGGUGACAAAGUAGAGACAUUUGGAUUAGGAGUGACCUCGGAGCAAGAUGCCACCAAAGAACUGACAGUAGCAAAAGGCGCAUCCCCUGAGAAGGUAGAGAAAGGUCUGCUUAGUUCAGUGCCAGAGGUGGCUGAGAUAGAACCAUCCAAGAAGGCUGAGCAAGGACUAGAUUUUGCUGCAAAGAAAGCUGACGCGGGCCAUUUAGAUGUUAAAGUCAGUGACUUUGGACAGAUGGCUUCAGGGAUGAACGUGGAUGUUGGAAAAGCCACACAGCUUAAACUCGAGGCUACUCAGGAGCUGACCCCCUCAUCCGAAGCACCUCAGGAGGCAGAUGCCUACACGAAAGAAAGUGCCAAAGCUAGUGAGACAGAAGUCAAGGAGAAGGUGGCGAAGCCUGACUUGGUGCAUCAAGAGGCUGUGGACAAGGAGGAGUCCUACGAGUCUAGCGGUGAGCACGAGAGCCUCACCAUGGAGUCGCUGAAGCCCGAGGAGGGCAAGAAGGAAACGUCUCCUGAGUCAUCCCUGAUUCAGGACGAAGUUGCUAUCAGGCUGUCUGUGGAAAUCCCUUGCCCACCCGCUGUCCCCGCGGCGGCAGACGUAGCUGCGGAUGCGAGGGCUGAGGUCCAGAUGGAGUUUAUCCAACCGCCGGCGCGGGAAGAAAGCCAGGAGAGCCCCGAGGCGCCCGCCUCGCCUCCUGAUGCGGCCCAGCUGCAGCCCGAAGAAGCCGUGGUGUCUGAGCCCGCGGAGGCUCCCAGCGAGGAAGAGGAGAUCGAAGCCCGGGGAGAGUACGACAGACUGCUCUUCCGCUCAGACACCCUGCAGAUCGCCGACCUGGGCGCCCCAGGUAGCGGGGCCGCGGCGUUUGUGGAGGCCUGCCCGCCCGGGGAGCGCAAAGGAGGGAUCGAGUCAGUGGUGACCAUCGAGGACGACUUCAUCACCGUGGUGCAAACCACGACGGACGAAGGGGAGUCGGGCUCGCACAGCGUGCGCUUCGCAGCCCCCGCGCAGCCCGAGCAGCAGGAGAGGCGGCCGAGUCCCCACGAAGAAGAGCUGCCAGGAGACGAGGCUGCGGCCGAGGCCCAGGCGGGACCCAAGGAGGGCUCCCCGGACGCUCCCGCUUCCCCGGACAGAGAAGAGGUCGCCUUCUCGGAAUACAAGACAGAACCCUACGAUGAGUACAAGGAUGAGACGACCAUCGACGACUCCAUCAUGGACGCCGACAGCCUGUGGGUGGACACGCAAGAUGAUGAUAGGAGCAUCAUGACAGAGCAGUUAGAGACUAUUCCUAAAGAGGACAAAGCCGAGAAGGAAGCUCGGAGACCAUCUCUCGAGAAACAUAGGAAAGAAAAGCCUUUUAAAACCGGGAGAGGCAGAAUUUCCACUCCUGAAAGAAAAAUAGCUAAAAAGGAACCUAGCACAGUCUCCAGGGAUGAAGUGAGAAGGAAAAAAGCAGUUUAUAAGAAGGCUGAACUUGCUAAAAAAACAGAAGUUCAGGCCCACUCUCCCUCCAGGAAAUUCAUUUUAAAACCUGCUAUCAAAUACACUAGACCAACUCAACUCUCCUGUGUUAAGCGGAAAACCACAGCAGCAGGUGGCGACCCAGCUCAAGGCCGCAGUGCAUUUAAACAGGCAAAGGACAAAGUCACGGAUGGAGUAACCAAGAGCCCGGAAAAACGCUCUUCUCUUCCAAGACCUUCAUCAAUUCUCCCUCCUCGCCGGGGUGUGUCAGGAGACAGAGAUGAAAAUUCUUUCUCUCUUAACAGUUCCAUCUCCUCUUCAGUGCGGCGGACCACCAGAUCAGAGCCUAUUCGCAGAGCAGGAAAAAGCGGCACCUCAACCCCCACCACUCCUGGCUCCACCGCCAUCACUCCUGGAACUCCCCCAAGUUACUCUUCACGUACCCCAGGCACUCCGGGGACCCCCAGCUAUCCCAGGACCCCUCACACCCCAGGAACCCCGAAAUCAGCCAUCUUGGUGCCCAGCGAGAAGAAAGUUGCGAUCAUUCGCACUCCUCCAAAAUCUCCUGCAACUCCCAAGCAGCUCAGGCUUAUUAACCAGCCACUGCCAGACCUGAAGAAUGUCAAGUCCAAAAUUGGAUCAACAGACAAUAUCAAAUACCAGCCUAAAGGGGGGCAGGUUAGGAUUUUAAACAAGAAGAUUGAUUUUAGCAAAGUUCAGUCAAGAUGUGGUUCGAAGGAUAACAUCAAACAUUCUGCUGGGGGCGGAAAUGUACAAAUUGUUACCAAGAAGAUAGACUUAAGCCAUGUGACAUCCAAAUGUGGAUCUCUGAAGAACAUCCGUCACAGACCAGGUGGUGGACGUGUGAAAAUUGAGAGUGUAAAACUGGAUUUCAAAGAAAAAGCCCAAGCUAAAGUUGGUUCACUUGACAAUGCUCACCAUGUACCUGGAGGUGGAAAUGUCAAGAUUGACAGCCAAAAGUUGAACUUCAGAGAGCAUGCAAAAGCCCGUGUGGACCAUGGGGCUGAGAUCAUUACACAGUCUCCAGGCAGGUCCAGUGUUGCAUCACCCCGACGACUCAGCAAUGUCUCCUCUUCUGGAAGCAUCAAUCUGCUCGAAUCACCUCAACUCGCCACGUUGGCUGAGGAUGUUACUGCUGCACUGGCUAAGCAGGGCUUAUGAGUACAUCUCCCUUAGCACUGGAGUGAUAAUUAGGCAUGAGCUCUUGGCAGGAGUGGGCUCUGAGCGGGUGUUACAUUCAUUCUUUACAAACCAUAAGAUAAAUAAUUCCAUCACCAAACUGUAGUAAUUGUUACAAUUUUAUAUAAAAAAAUGAAUAGUAUAUGCAGAAAUUGACCUGAUUUCCAUUUGCAAAAGGAACAUAUGGCUUUACAUGGGUACAAUUGGACAAUUAUUUUCGCUCUGCUCUGUUUUGCAUGGAGUAUUAUUAUUAUUGUUGUUUUAGAAAUUGCAUUUUUACCUUUCAUGUGCCUGAAGGAUAUCAACUACACUCUGAAAGGCCUUGUUAAAAAUCCAAGCUGCUCAUUUCACUAUUCUGUUUUUGGUUGAAAAGAUGAAAAAUUGCCCAUUGUCACUUAUUACAGGUUAAAUGAAAUCAAGGAGUUUGAUUGAGGAAAGGGAAGAGCAUGUAAGAAAUACAUUUUUUUAAAGUAUUAUUUUGUAUAAGUGGGAAGAAAGACGCAACUAAGUUAUUAACUUUUGGGACCCGGAUGGUUAUAUCAGAGUAUGUCAAUCCAAUAAAUUAUUUAACUAACUAAAAACUAGUUAUAAAACAUUUGAGCUGUGGUUGAGAAAGUGGAAUCAAAAGUGCAUCUCUUAGGAGUGAUGCACAGUCAUUAGGAUGGACUUGUGUCUGAUUAUAAUGUCAGUUGAUUGGCUAGAUUGGUGUCCACACUACCUGUUUCACAUCCCCCCAUCUGUUUGAUACAGUAUUAUAGAUAUAAAUAUAUAUAUAUAUUUCUCUGUGGCCAUUUGUGAUAAUUCCUCAUAUACUUGAAUAUUAUACUUCUUUAUUCACAGUAUCUGUGUCUCCUGCACCCUUUGGUGUCGCAAUUUUAGGUAUGUGAAAGUAGAUGUUAGCAGGGUUCUCUAUUUAAAAAAAUAUAUAUAUUAAAAAAGACAAAAAGUUUUAGCAUGAAGUUGCUUUAUGUAACAUCUCAAAGCCGAAAACCCUGUUUUAGUGCAAGAUACAAGUCUCUCCCGUGAUGCUAGAAAAAUUUAUUUUUCCUUGCUUUUGGAGUUUGUAGGGGUGGGUCCAGUUAUACCUAAAAGGGUUUACAGAUUGUUGGUUCACUAUUAUGGAUUUAUCUCCUUUUACAUCAUGGAAUAGUUUGGCAUUCAUUCCUACAAUAAUUCAUGAAACUGACCUUUCCAGAUUUAUUAUCCUCCCUUUUUUUUUUUCUUCCAUUUGCUAAAGUUGAAACCAGGAGUGGUAACUGUGGACAUGUUCUUCCAUUCCUUCCCCUGCCCCAAACAUCUGUUCAUUCAAUUCUCUGAUAGACAUUUGGUCUCCUUAUCUAAAUCUGGACCCCUUGGUUAGAAAGGAAAAAUGCAACAUUUUCAUACAUACACUAUAACUACAAAGCUUUUGAGACACAGAUAUCAAAAUCAUGUAUUUUUCCAGAAUCCCAUCAUUGCUCUCUGUAGAAAAAAAAAAAAAAAAGAUGAUAUGGCCACUUAUCAAAAAAUAAUACUGUUGUGACUACAUACAAUCUAGGAAUCACAAAUCAAUAAUGUCACUUGUACAUCAUGCUUGAUGAAUAACCAAUAGUCAGUGGCCUAAAUAGGGCAAGAAUUAUCAAAUUAGAUGGACACUUUUGGGUACUUUGACCUGCCCAUGACAUUCCUUAGAGCUGGCAGACUAAAUUUGAAUAGUGAGCAACAAAAAGCCUGCUAUGUCUUUCAUUUCUUUGGACUCAACCAAGUCCUGCAUGUAAAGGAUGAGCUGGUUAGUGUGAACUAAACAAAGAGGCAUGGGAGAAUCUGAGACAAAGUGCCAGGGAUGCAAAGGCAGAGAGAAGGCAAUGUGGUUUGUGUGUUGGCAGUCCAUAGGUUACUGUGUCCAGCAUAAUGGCCACAGGGAAACCCUAGGAGCAAACCAAACCACACUGGCCACUGGGAGACGUAUACAGGCUUCAAUUACAACUCAGUGAUUUGAGAACAAAAAACUACUAAGUAGAGUCUACUUUCUGCCUAGUGAAUGUUGUAGGAUUUUGUUUUCAUAAUAGAGACAAUUCAUUCAUCACCCUCCCUUGAAAUGCCUCAGAGGAUACAAGGAAUGAUUGUGUGGAGAAGUAUGGUAUUUUCUUACAUGUUUUAAUAGUGGUAGUAGUAAUUAAAGUUAUGUAGGUUAAAAAAUAUGUUAACAGAUAGAACAGUUUUAACCUGUGAGGAAAAAGUUUACAACCUAGUUUAAUAUUUAUUAUAAAUGUUAAGACUAAGUAAACAUAUUCUAAAUAAUAAAAUUCAAUUCUUUUCUAAUAUGUAUUCAAAAUAAAAUUAUAGAAGGCCCAAAGGUAAUAGACUUUGCUUUUUUUUGAGGCAAGCCCAACAGACUGUCCCUUUUUAUUUUAUGCAAGAGUGAGAGAUAGAUAGAUUGGGAAGGGGGAAUUAGCAUGCCAGGGCAAGGUUUGGCUUUUAAGUAAAUAUUUAUUUCUAAGAACAAUAAAAGUAUAAUGAACGCAAGCCCUUGUUUUGUAUGAAAAUGAUUCUGUAUAAAGUUAACAAAGGAAAUGAAGUUCUGGAAGAGAGAAAGAAAGAAACACACAGGCUAGAAAUGUCUUCUUAUGGGGAUGAGGUAGGUCCCAUCUUUCUUCACUCUUAAGAUAAUGACUCAAAUUAAGCUUUUUGAACACCACUUUUGUGGGGGGACACAUACGCUGAUCUAGAAAUGAAUGCAUUCUCGUUCCAUUUCUAGAUCCACUGAUGCCAGUUUCUCUCUGGCUUUAGCCUUUGAGAACCUGUUUAAGAAUACAUAAGUAAUCCAGAAUUAUGAAGAGUUCAAAGGCCAACUUCUUUAGUGAACUCACUCUCUCUGGGUCAUCUGCAACUGAAAAUUGGACACAACAAUGCAGGGGCGACCCGAGUUCAUGAUGAGUUUCAAGGCCACGUUCACUUAGGAACCAACUCUCUCUGGAUUCACCUGCUGAGUUCCAGCAGGGUGGUGGGCUAAAAUCCCACCCAUAGGAAAGACACCUGUGUAGCACUAGCUGGGUUUGGCUGAAGGUGGCUGAAAGAAGAAUUCCACUAAAUGGAAGAAUAGACUGGCCAUCAUUGACCUCCUCCACACACACUCACACAGAUAUGCCAUAGAAAUGGGAUCAUUGCCCAGAUGUAACAUGACACUAUUUAAAAAAAAAAUGCCUAAGCAUGGCUGAUUCUGACAUAACUGCAUUUUUAAGAUUUUAUCCUAUUUUUAUGCCACAGGAAGGAAAACAAGAGAUUCAUGGUAGGAGUAGCAAAGAUUCAUGGUUGAGGAAGACAAAUUCCAGACAUUUCUUCAAAGACCCAUGCACUAAAAUGAUGUUCAUUUUAUUACUUCUAGAUGAUUAACCUGAAUAUAUAGGCUGAGAACAAGUUCCUCUACAGGAAAAGAUUAUUUUCAAACCCAAAAAAUGCCAAUCAUAAAAAUCCACUUCAACUUUAGCAAAAAGGAAAAAAAAAAAUCAACAAAAAGUAUACUCUGUACGCUAGGAUUCCAGGGUUCCAACCACUACAUCUCUGUGGGGGGUUCUUUCUUCAGAUAAUUCUAGAGCCUGUUACCAUAGGAAGGCAUUCCUUCAAUGGCUGGUUGUAGUUAGUUCAUGUUUUUUCAAUCAACUUUGCAAAUGUAUUUGUUGCUGUAUAGUGAUUGUUUUGCAAAAUAAAAUUGCUUGUCACCUAA